CCGAAUGUUUACAUCCAGCAGUUGUGUGUUACUGGAUCCCCCAACAACAAAAAGGCUCAACACAAGGAAAACCGCUAAGACAGUGAAUAUCAGUCGGCAUUUCCACAAGGUAGAGGACUCGCUUUCUCAGGGCUGAGUGUGGAGGCUCGGUGGAGGCUGCGGUCAGGAUGGGCGGAGCUGUGAGUGCCGGAGAAGACAAUGACGACUUGAUUGACAACCUGAAGGAGGCUUACUACAUCCGCUCAGACCUGGUGGAGCGGGCUUUUCGAGCUAUCGACCGGGCUGACUAUUACCUGGAUGAAUACCGGGAUAACGCUUACAAGGACUUGGCGUGGCGGCAUGGAAACAUCCACCUCUCUGCUCCCUGUAUCUACUCUGAGGUGAUGGAGGCCCUGGAUCUCCACCCUGGCCUCUCCUUCCUCAACCUUGGCAGUGGGACUGGCUACCUCAGCACCAUGGUUGGCCUCAUAUUGGGACCGUUUGGAGUGAAUCAUGGCAUAGAGUUACAUGCAGAUGUGAUUGAGUACGCCUACCAAAAGCUCGACUCAUUCAUCAAAACCAGCGACAGCUUUGACAAAUUUGAGUUCUGUGAGCCGUCCUUUGUUGUGGGUAACUGCCUGGAGAUUCCUCCAGAGAGCCGUCAGUAUGACAGGGUCUACUGUGGGGCCGGUGUGCAGAAGGAGCACGAGGAUUACAUGAAGAACCUGCUCAAGGUGGGGGGCAUCCUCGUGAUGCCUCUUGAGGAAAAGUUGACCAAGAUCACCCGUACAGGGCCAAACAGCUGGGAGACCAAGAAGAUCAUCUCUGUGUCCUUUGCUCCUCUGGUGCUGCCUAAACACAGCACAAAUGGCAAACCCAAGACUGUCCCUCUACCCAAAUAUGAGGUACGGACGUUGCAGGAGCUGGCACGUAUCUGCAUCCGCCACACCCUCAGAGUGACCACAGAUGGAGGAGAUAACCAGUCACGUGGCCGAGGUUCAUCUUUCAGCGUGGGUAGGGGUCUGGCAGUUGCCGGGCUCCAUAAGUAUGGCCCUCGCUUCAAACGCCGGCGCGUCCACCGGCGCCACUGCAACGCCCUCGUCCUGGCCACCCAUCAGGUGGUGGCCAGCAGCGGCAUUGGCGCCGCUCCUCUGGACAGCAACAACAACCAGGGAGGAAGAGUGAUCGAUGAGGAGGAGGCAGGAGAGAGGGAGACGAGGCGGCAGAUGAGAGGGAGCAGGAGGGCGGGGAGAGGAGCUGCAGGGGUGGUGGAGGAGGAGGAGACGGUGGAGGAAGAGGAUGAAGAGGAAGAGCAGGAGGAGGAGGAGGAAAAGGAGACUGGGGAGCUGCUCCGACCCCAGCCAGCCGUGAACAUCCUGAGGGAGAGGAUACUGGGCCUGCCGCUGCCUGAGCCUCUGAAGAUGUACCUGCUCUACUACAGAGAGAAAUGAGCCAGAUGGAGCCACAGUUCCUGAGUCAGAGCCCAGAGCGACAACCCAGCUGAGGGGCUGAGGCCUCUGUUACAACCCCACCACCACCUGUACAAGGCAGGACAACAUGCCACCUACCUUACUGAUGCUCAGCUCCACCUUGGAUCUCUUUCUCUCUCUCACCUGUCCUCAUCCUCUCCAUCAACCAUCAUCUUUCCCGCUCCUCCCGCUCUGCCUCCCACUGUUCUUGAUUUGUUUCCUGACACUGUAAAGAGUCAGCUCUGUUUGUCCAGCUGAGGGGGGAGGGAGAGUUAUGCUACUCUGGGAAUAGAAACAAUUCACACCAAUGUUUCAGACAACCAAACAUUGUGUCUCCUGAGGUGCAAAGACAUAGAAAUUGGUGCAUAAUACAAACACUUUAUUAAUUUGCUCUACAGCUCUGUACAACUAAUUUACUAAUCGAGCAUUUGUCUGACAAAAGCUUAACAGCCCACACUUUCCUAAGAAUCCACAGCUUAUAAAAGGCAACUUAGUGGUGCUGAGAAGGAGCUCCAUCAUUGUUUAGUCUCCUGUAGUGGACUAGACAUUGCAACAGAGUUCAAACACUGUAGCAACAAACAGAGAGCAGCUUACCAAGAGACCAGAUGGUAUAGGGCUUUACCAGCUCUGUUCUAUCCACCAAUUACAGCUGUACCCCAUGUUAGAGAGUAUAUGAUGAAGUCAUGUUGAAGCUGGUUUGUCCACAUGAGGUGGUGUGUGUGAUAUCAUCUACUAGGGAUGGUGUAAUUUUCAACAUAGAGUUGGCUCAGGCUCAGCUUCGUAAGUGAAGAAAACAUUCAUUCAAAGAUUCAAUGAUGUGAGAAACAUAUUUUCUCUUUUACUAUAUCAUAUUUAAUGAUAUUGUAGCUACAGCUAGUGACCAAGAUGGUGUGGCAGAUGUGAUUAUUUCCACUGAUUUGCAAAUGAAAGGGGAGCUCUGCCUUGAGCCCUCAGUCCAUUAGAUAAUUGAACUUGAAUUAUCUGCUUUUCUAAGGCCAAGGGUUAGACAUCAUCUGGAGCAUUUUGGGAGACUAGUUGAUUUAGUAGAAGGUUGAGUUUUCCCUUUUUCUAUGCAUAUGUUUCAUUGUAUGAGUUAGCGUCUGUCUUUGUCUCCUGACUUUGUCGUACGGAGAUGAAAACUGACCUAAAUCCUUACAUGUAUCCAAAGGGCAGUCUCACUGUUUUUCUCUACAUCUCACUGUAUUCUCUGAACCAAAAGAGAACGACCAUAAAAGAUCACAUACUUACUAAUAUUCCAAUUUACAUAAAUAAACCAGCAUGAUAAAAAGACAUAACUGUUUUUGAUGAUUGACAGUGUGCAGGUUUUCUCUCACCGUGCUCACAUUUUUUUCUUGUAAUAUCUUGAUUUUUGAAUUUUUGAGACUUGAAGUGGUGUGUACAUAUGAAAUGUUGUAUGUUUUGUUUUGUGAACCAUGAAAACAUGAAGAUACUUUGGUAAGUAGUACAGGUAUCUUUUAAUAUUUUUUUCUCUUGUAGUUUCUAGUUUGAUGGGGCAUUAUUCCUUUGUACCUUUUGCUUUUGUACCAAACUUUCUGCUCUCCUCUGUGCCAAACUUAAGUUGCAUGGACUAAAUCUUGAGGAAACAGCAGAUCAGCAGCUAGUCACUCAUCUGAAGAAAAAAGCUGACAAUUUGUUGGUGUUUUAUCAUUUCUAAAACUGCUCCACUGGUUGUGUAUGUAUUAGUUUUGAUCAUGUAAAGCCUAAAGAUUUCUCCCAUUUGAAAGUUUGUACCUUAAGAAUGUCUUUGUUGAAUAGCAAAGUGAUCUUUGCAGAAGCACCCUGUAUUGGUAAAUACAGCUCAUUAAAUUAUGGAUGUGAUCACAAUAAUAAGAGGAAUUUGAAUAUGUGCAGCUUAUACUGGUAAUAAAUCCAACACUGAAUGGGAGGAUUGAGUCCAAAAAGCAGGACCUUAUCAGGCCAGGAGCCUCAUAUCCUUUUUAAUUCCUGCCAAGUGUAAUGUCAUGCUUCACUGCUUGGUCAUUUUACCAUUUCUACUGCUGCUGGAUCUGCCUUUGAGUACUGUAUGUAGACCAUUCCUUUAUUCAACAUGGGUACCAUUCAUGUUUGGGUGUUGUGCAGUUGUGAUUCUUUGCUGAAUGUAAAUGAUCAUGAUGUUUUUUUUUUUUGUUUUUUUUUUUUUUUUUGCACUUAACAUGAAAUUUUGGUGAGACUGACUUGUUUUUCAAACGGAGCUAUAUUAUUGACUGCUGUUAAUAAAGGCCAUUAUAUAAAACAA